AUGGCAGUCUAUCAAGAGCUUGCCUUUCAUGAGGGCGAAGAGUGGAUGAUGCAUGCUAUGGGCGUUCCAAUACGCGACAACCCCAGCUCUCCAGGUAUCACUCCCCAACUGGCCUAUCAUCUGGCCAACGCGCCCAUGAUUGCAAUCGGUACACUCGAUGAACGAGGGGCGCCCUGGACCACGUUGUGGGGUGGUGAGCAGGGUAUGGCACGCGCCAUGGGAGGAGGGAUGGUCGGCAUCCGAACUGUCGUCGCACAACAGCAUGAUCCUGUCGUCGAGACGCUCGUCGGUCGAGACACCUCGGGCACCGUUACCCGCGAGUCUGGCACCGGGAGGAUGAUAAGCGGCUUGACCAUUGACCUCGUCACUCGCAAGCGAGUCAAGAUGUCUGGACGCAUGGUUGCUGGCGCCUUGGGAAUGAGGCAGGAUGAGAAUUCCAGCCUGGAGGAUUCUGAAGCUGAAGUGCAGCUCGUCUUCAAAAUCGAAGAGUCUCUGGGAAAUUGCCCCAAAUAUCUGAAUUGCAAAAGUGUCACACAUUCGAGAUCGAACCCCGUGCUUCUUUCCGAUUCGUCCGUCUUGUCAUCACAUGCAUUGGAGCUAUUGGCGAAAGCAGACUGCUUUUUCAUUUCGAGCGCACAACAGAACCAAAGUAUGGACACCAAUUACCGCGGCGGUCCGCCUGGCUUCCUUCGUAUCGUGAGCAACUCAGGCCCCGGCGCAGUGCUCUGCUGGCCCGAGUAUUCGGGGAAUCGUCUUUAUCAAACGCUGGGGAACAUCGUCCUAUACCCUCAGGUCGGGAUAUGUGUGCCGGAUUUCGAGAGCGGCAAUGUCCUGUAUUGCACUGGCAAUGCGACUGUGCUCGUCGGCAAGGACGCGGCGACUUUGUUGCUUCACUCAAAUCUGUGCGUCCGAUUCGAUGUUACUGACGCUCGCUUUGUCAAAGACGCCCUUUGCUUCCGCGGUGUCGCGGGCGAAGCGUCACCGUACAAUCCUAAGGUCCGCUACCUGGCCUCAGAAAAACCGUCAAUUCAACAGCCAGAUCCUGUGCCUCAACGGGCUGUGCUUCUGGAGCAGAUCAAAUUGACGCCCUUCGUCUCUCGAUUUCGAUUCUCCAUUGAGAAUGUCGCGGCAUACGACGCUGGACAGUACGUAACACUGGACUUUUCGGAGCAUCUAGACAUUGGUUAUUCGCAUAUGCGAGACGAUGAUCCGUUGAGUCUCAACGACGAUUUCGUCCGCACCUUCACGGUGAGCAAUCCGCCCAAGUCAGCGGCGGACUCACAGCAAAAUGGUCGAGGCAGCAGAUUCGAGAUGACUGUUCGUCGAGUGGGAGCGGUCACGGAGCACCUUUUCAAAUAUGGGCUGAGCAGCUCCCGGGAGAAAUUGGAAGUGGGUUUCAAGGGCUUUGGAGGUGACUUCCGGAUCAGCCAGGCUGAUCAGGAAACAAUCUAUUUCAUCGCGGCAGGGGUUGGAAUAACGCCUCUUCUACCAUUCCUGGGAUCAAUUGAUCUCACGAGGCUACGCCUGUUGUGGACAGUCCGGCGGGAGGAUCUUGGCCUUGUCGAAGACACGCUACAACACUACCCUGCGAUGGACCAAAGCCUGACACUAUUCGUCACAAACCAGCGGCCCUCGGACGAGACGGACAAGCAAAUCGUUGCAAUCAAGGAUCGCGUGGUUUCACUGCAGCUUCGACGGAUAGGGCAGGAAGAUUUGGAGUUGGGAACAGAAGUGUCUCAAUGUUAUGUCUGCACGUCUAUCCCCUUACGGAAACGACUGACAGACUGGAUGCCUGAGCACGUGAAGAUCUUAUUUGAAGACUUUAACUUCUAA